UCUCUCCUCCAGUGUGCUUCAGCCGCACAGCACUUCCUGUUUAUUCAAACAUCUUUUUUACCACUCGGCAAACCCCCGCUUCACAGAAACAGCCAGAACCCAUCUACAGCAAGAAGACGGAAAUCCAAAGGCAGACAGUGCGAGCUCACUCCGUCAAACUCCUCAUUUUCUCUGCACUUCAAGUGGCCAGGCAGCUCCUUCUUCAGCAGCAACAGCAGCAGCAAGUUAGUGGAUUAAAAUCUCCAAAGAGGAAUGACAAACAACCAGCCCUUCAGGUUCCCGUGUCAGUGGCUAUGAUGACACCUCAAGUUAUCACUCCCCAGCAAAUGCAGCAGAUCCUCCAGCAACAAGUGCUGAGUCCUCAGCAGCUCCAGGUUCUCCUCCAACAGCAGCAGGCCCUCAUGCUUCAACAGCAGCAGCUUCAAGAGUUUUAUAAAAAACAACAGGAACAGUUGCAGCUUCAACUUUUACAACAACAACAUGCUGGAAAACAGCCUAAAGAGCAGCAGCAGGUGGCUACCCAGCAGUUGGCUUUUCAGCAGCAGCUUCUACAGAUGCAGCAACUACAGCAGCAGCACCUCCUGUCUCUGCAGCGCCAGGGCCUGCUAACCAUUCAGCCAGGGCAGCCUGCCCUGCCCCUUCAGCCUCUUGCUCAAGGCAUGAUUCCAACAGAACUGCAGCAGCUCUGGAAAGAAGUGACAAGCGCUCAUACUGCAGAAGAAACCACAGGCAACAAUCACAGCAGCCUGGAUCUGACCACGACAUGUGUGUCUUCCUCUGCACCUUCCAAGACCUCCUUAAUAAUGAACCCUCAUGCCUCUACCAAUGGACAGCUCUCAGUCCACACUCCCAAAAGGGAAAGUUUGUCCCACGAGGAGCAUCCCCAUAGCCAUCCUCUCUAUGGACAUGGUGUAUGUAAGUGGCCUGGCUGUGAAGCAGUGUGCGAAGAUUUCCAAUCAUUUCUAAAACAUCUCAACAGUGAGCAUGCGCUGGACGAUAGAAGUACAGCUCAAUGUAGAGUACAAAUGCAGGUUGUACAGCAAUUAGAGCUACAGCUUGCAAAAGACAAAGAACGCCUGCAAGCCAUGAUGACUCACCUGCAUGUGAAGUCUACAGAACCCAAAGCUGCCCCUCAGCCCCUGAAUCUGGUAUCAAGUGUCACACUCUCCAAGUCCGCAUCCGAGGCUUCUCCACAGAGCUUACCUCAUACUCCAACGACCCCGACAGCCCCCAUCACUCCCGUCACCCAAGGCCCCUCCGUCAUCACCACCAGCAGCAUGCACACGGUGGGACCCAUCCGCAGGCGGUACUCAGACAAAUACAACGUGCCCAUUUCUUCAGCAGAUAUUGCGCAGAACCAAGAAUUUUAUAAGAACGCAGAAGUUAGACCACCAUUUACAUAUGCAUCUUUAAUUAGGCAGGCCAUUCUUGAAUCUCCAGAAAAGCAGCUAACACUAAAUGAAAUCUAUAACUGGUUCACACGAAUGUUUGCUUACUUCCGACGCAAUGCAGCCACGUGGAAGAAUGCAGUGCGUCAUAAUCUUAGUCUUCACAAGUGUUUUGUGCGAGUAGAAAACGUUAAAGGGGCAGUAUGGACAGUGGAUGAAGUAGAAUUCCAAAAACGAAGGCCACAAAAGAUCAGUGGUAACCCUUCCCUUAUUAAAAACAUGCAGAGCAGCCACGCCUACUGCACACCUCUCAAUGCAGCUUUACAGGCUUCGAUGGCUGAGAAUAGUAUACCUCUAUACACUACCGCUUCCAUGGGAAAUCCCACUCUGGGCAACUUAGCCAGCGUGAUACGGGAAGAGCUCAACGGGACAAUGGAGCAUACCAACAGCAAUGAGAGUGACAGCAGUCCAGGCAGAUCGCCCAUGCAAGCUGUGCAUCCUGUACACGUCAAAGAAGAGCCCCUGGAUCCAGAGGAAGCUGAAGGGCCACUCUCCUUAGUGACAACAGCCAACCACAGUCCAGAUUUUGACCACGACAGAGAUUAUGAAGACGAACCAGUAAACGAGGACAUGGAGUGAAUAUCUGGGUGGGCUGACCCCAAGAACGAAGAUUGG